AUGCGAGCUGCUGCAGAACUGCUGGGUCGUCGCCUGGUUUGUCCAGACAGAGAGACUUCUUCCUCGAGUGGCUCACAAACAGGUUCGGAGGUUCCCUCCCCAGAGGUGAGCUGCAUUUCUGUCGACAGCUUCCCUCAUGACCUGGGACUUCCUAUGCGAGUCCCUGUUGUGGGUAUGCUGAUAUUCUCAAGUGACUCUGGACUGAUGGGCCUCAGAGAAGACAUGUUGCGGCGAAUAGCAGACCCAGAGGAGCUUGACAGAUUUUUCAUUGAUGGCCGUAGCCACUCUUUGGUGGCUGUCAGCGAAGAGACUCUGGAGCUGUUUGGCUUGAUGGCAGACGCCUGGUCAAAUUCUGCUCGCAGGCGGUUUGCUUCUUCGAGACCUGUUGAUGGGCCUUCUGCAUCUGAUGCAUGGAUGCUGAAGGCAAACACGAGCAACUUCUGCAGUGUUCGCAUGCUCGCUGACAUUUAUUCCGGCUGGUACAGCUCUGAAUGCUUGGGUUCUGCCAGCAGCCUCGAAGAUUUCCAAAGCUUGGCGACAAGGUUUUCAAGAUGCUUGAUGUGCUGCUCGGCGAAUCCACACAAGGUGGACAGUCUAAUUUGGGCCGAAAUGCUUCAGGUCCUGAUCUCUUUCCUAGCUCACGCUGUCAGCAGUGGCUUCCGGGAGGCACUGUCACUCUUGCCUUUCGACUUUUCAAUGGCACGGGCAGAAGCAAGUGAAAGAGAUCCAGUCCUGCAGUUCGCUGCUGAUCUAUGGCGGGAGGCCAUGACUACCUUCCGCACACUCGGAUGCCUGCAUGAUGCAUUCGCUAUGACAACAACCAUGAUUUUGCUCUCUGGGACCAGUGUUGAGGUGAAAGAGUUUGCAAACCACUACGUUGACGAGUUGGUAAAAAUAUCGAAUGCCAUGCCAGAUGAAGCCCAUCAGCCGGCUUUUCGUGUGCGUGCGGAACAGUUGC